AUGGGUUCUGGAGCGCAAGAUCCUCAUAUUCCUACUGCUGUCGGGUCAAAUAAUAAUGGAUCUGUAUUCAAUCCCGCCGAGUUUGAAUACUUAAGACCACCGGGUGUACCCAUGGAGGUCCCGUUUACUGCAUCCCUACUUCCUGAUCAUUUUCAGGCAUAUGCAAAUAAUUCUUGUAUUCCUGUCAAUGCUCCAGGAAUGGAAAGUUCUGGACCUCGUCAUCCUGCCAUUUCUCAUAAUAAUAUGGAAUUUAAAUCGAUGUGCUCAUCUAUUCCUACCGCUUGCCCACCAAUCUCAUCAUCUGCUUUACCUUCACAUCAGUCUCAAAAUAUCUACCCAUCAGCUGACGUAAUUACUCAGGAUUUUCAGCACGCUGGUUUAGGCUACACAGGAUUGUCUUCUUUAAAUCCGAUGGCUGAUCGUAUGUUCCAACAUUCGAGUACGUUUCCGAGACCUGUACCACCAAUGUCUUCCAAUCGUAUGCCUUAUAUACCUGUAAACGUCACAGAUACUCAGUCGCCACCUCGUACUCCAACAAUGGGUGGUCCGAGAAUUGGUGUACCACCACUUUUACCAAGACCUCAGUUAACGACUUCGAACAUGUACGCCUGUCGAAGUAGUGUCCCACCUCCUUAUUCUUCUGUACCUGCUCCUCGUUUUCCUUCACGUGGUCCAACUAGUUUCCCGCAACUCAAUUUACCAUUUAUGCCCCCGCCUCUUCCUCCAUAUCCUCAUCCACGUCAUUUACAACAACCUCCGCCUGUUCUUCCACCCCCGGGAUUUUUGCCGUCAGCACAUAUACAUCGUCCUCAUGGAACAACUAGUUCAUCUUCUGGUCCGUAUCUGAACAAUACAAUAACUUCAGGCAACAGAUCAGUUCAGAACAACGGUGGUGGUAGAUUUCCAAAAGACCAUCAUCAUUCUACAUCACACCAGCCUAGUGCUCCCGUCCCUAUGAUGACACUUGCACUUGCUGCAUCACAACAACAAGGUUCCGGAGUCUCUCCCAGUUUUGGUAUAAGGCAUCCAUCUUCAAACCAUAAUUCCCACUUUCAACCUCCGUACUUUGGUUUUUCUGCUGACUCAAUUGCAAAUACCACUUUCCAACCGAAUCCUUCUUAUCUUAAUCACCCUAAUCCGCCAUUAGCUGUUAAUAGCAUUUUACAAUCUGGAGUGACGAAUGGUGCUACACCGGAGCGUAGUCGAUUGUUGGAGGAGUUUCGUAAUGCUCGAUUACCAUGUUUAACACUACGAGAUCUAGUCAAUCAUAUUGUUGAAUUCGCUCAGGAUCAGUAUGGUUCACGUUUUAUACAACAAAAACUAGAGCAAGCCAGUGCUGUGGAUAAAACGAGUGUAUUCCGUGAAAUUCUUCCUCAUGCUUACAAUCUCAUGGUGGAUGUGUUUGGAAAUUAUGUUAUACAGAAGUUUUUUGAGCUAGGAACACCAGAGCAGAAGCAAAUACUAGGUCAGAGAAUUCGUGGGCAAGUAUUAUCUUUAUCUCUUCAAAUGUAUGGUUGUCGUGUAAUACAAAAAGCUGUUGAAUCCGUUCCACUCGAUAUGCAAAUAUCAAUCAUCAAAGAAUUGGAUGGCUGUGUAAUUAAAUGCGUAAAAGAUCAGAAUGGAAACCAUGUUGUUCAGAAAUGCGUAGAAAAUGUUCCUCCAGAACAUUUACAGUUUAUUGUCGACGCUUUCAAGGAUCAUGUGUACUCUAUAUCCACUCAUUCAUAUGGAUGUCGUGUAAUCCAACGUAUUUUAGAGCAUUGUACACCUGAACAAACUACUCCAAUUCUCUCUGAGCUGCAUCAACACACUGAAGCACUCGUUAAAGAUCAGUAUGGGAAUUAUGUGAUUCAACAUGUACUUGAACAUGGGAAAACAGAAGAUAAAAGUAAAAUUGUUGAACAUAUCAAAGGUCGUGUUGCUGAGCUCAGUGUACAUAAAUUUGCCAGUAAUGUAGUAGAGAAAGCUGUUGCAAAUGCCUCUAGAGUAGAACGUCAAUCACUUAUCAAUGAAGUACUUGAAGAUACUUCUGUUGUUUCAACUGGAAAUCUUGUACACAAUGGUGAUCGAAAUCAUUCUAGUGAAUUUAGAGAUGAUGUUGAUGAUGAUAAUGAUGAUGGUGACGAUGAUGAUGAAAGUGCCAGUGAAGAUGAAAGUCUUGAUGAACCAAGAGUACGAAGUUCAGUUCUAGUUAUGAUGAUGAAGGAUCAGUUCGCUAACUAUGUUAUCCAGAAAAUGUUGGAUGUCGCUGAACAACCAAUAAGAAAGGAGCUGAUGAUUCAAAUCCGUCCACAUUUGAAUACAUUACGUAAGUAUACUUACGGUAAACACAUCAUCAAUAAGAUGGAGAAAUACUAUAUGAAAACAAAUCAGUUACAUUUAACUGUUGGAUUGAAUUCACCGUCACCACCUCCUCUAGAUGGUAUAUGUUCUUCUUCAGAUGUUCCUCAGUCUACUUCAAAUUCAACUAUUCGAAGUGGUGGGAAUACACAUGGAAGUUCAGCUGUAUCAGUUCUACCCCCGUUAUUAACUCCUACAGAUAUGGCUGUACGAGCUUCAAAGUCUAUUUCCAUGAAUCGUUCACAUCACUAUGAUGUUUAUCAUAAUUCACAUUAUCAUCAAUCGAAUUUAUCAUUUUCACGUAAUGCCCUACCAUCACAUAGAAUUAAACACAGAGAAAUGAAUAAUACCAAUUCAAGUUCAGUUUCUUGUCAUCGAAAAACUUCAAAUGAUGGUACACAAAGUGGUUCUUCGCAUACAUCGGAUAAUGCAGAUUCAUCAAAGACAACGCCUAGAAUGCAUAAAUGUAUAAAUGAUGAUAAGUUAAACCAUAGUGAAACUGCUGAACUCUGUUCUAUAAAUAAUCAUGAGAAUCAGAGUUUAGAGGCAAAAUCAUUAGGUGUUAGUCGGUCAUCGUCAACAGUCAAUAACAAUGACUAUUGUAGUCAUAAGUCGGAUGAUGACAGUAAAGGUAAAGACGGGGUAUCAGAUCAUGACAGUAGUAGUAGUAGUAGUAGUAGUGGUAGUAAUCAAUCACAUAAACCAAUCGAUGAAUUGUCCAAUCAGUGUUCAGUCAGUGAACUUCAAGUUACAACAUCAAGGAAAAUUACCACCUCAACAUCAUGUACUAGUUCUUUUUCUACUACUACUACUACUAGCCUUAAAACUGAUGAAAAAAAUAUAGUUGGAAAGUCAAGAACAAUUAAUGAAUUAUUAACUAAUGGCAGUGAUCAUUGA